GAAGAACUUGCCAUUUAGGAAAGGGGAAAAAAAGCAAUAAAAGAAAAGAUUGUUUUUAUUAUUUUCCUCACCAGAAAUGGCCAAUGUGCUGUGUAACAGAGCCAGGCUGGUUACAUACCUCCCAGGAUUUUACUCUUUAGUCAGAAGAGUUGUAAAUCCCAGAGCUUUUUCUACUGCUGGAUCUUCAGGUUCAGAUGAGUCUCACGUAGCUACUGCGCCACCAGAUAUAUGUUCAAGAACUGUGUGGCCAGAUGAAACUAUGGGACCUUUUGGGCCCCAGGAUCAAAGAUUUCAGCUCCCUGGGAAUAUAGGUUUUGACUGUCACCUCAGUGGAACGCCUUUGCAGAAGAAAAGUCCAGUUCAUAGAACUUUGCCUGAUGUCCUAGCAGAGCCUUUAUCAAGUGAAAGGCAUGAAUUUGUGAUGGCACAGUAUGUAAGUGAAUUUGAGGGAAGUGAUGCACCUGUUGAACAGCAGGAAAUUAACAGAGCAGAAACUUAUUUUGAAAGUGCCAAAGUAGAAUGUGUAAUACAAACAUGUCCAGAGCUGCUUCGAAAAGAUUUUGAAUCAAUGUUUCCAGAAGUGAAUUCUGGCAAAUUAGUAAUACUAACUGUAACACAAAAAACCAAAAAUGAUAUGACCAUAUGGAGUGAGGAGGUUGAAAAUGAAAGAGAAAUGCUGUUGGAAAAGUUUAUAAACGGUGCUAAAGAAAUUUGUUAUGCUCUACGUACUGAAGGGUAUUGGGCUGACUUUAUUGACCCAUCAUCUGGAUUGGCAUUUUUUGGACCGUAUACAAACAAUACUCUUUUUGAAACAGAUGAGCGUUAUCGACAGUUAGGGUUUUCUGUUGAUGAUCUUGGCUGCUGCAAAGUGAUUCGCCAUAGUAUUUGGGGUACCCAUGUGGUUGUUGGAAGUAUCUUCACGAAUGCCACAGCUGACAGUCGCAUUAUGAAGAAAUUAAGUGGAAACUAGGUGGCAGCUGCAUUAUUUGUACUUGCCAUUUUGUCUAUAAACACUGUAAAAAGUCUUCAGUUUUUUAAAGUACUCAUUUCUAGGUUUAAAAAAUAUUUAUUUCAGCAUCUGUAAACUUAAGAGUUUGUGAUUUACGAGAUUUUCAAAAAUUGUCAAAUGUUUGCUCAUUUUUGUGAAAUACAUGUUAACCACCUACAUUGUAUAAAAAGCAGUAAUUCAUAUGGAUCCAGGGCUUGAUCCCAUAUUACAUGUUUAUGGAGUUUUAACUAUUUCUCCUUUAUAUUUGAAAAUUUCAAUUUUACUUACAUCCUUCCAAAAAUAAAUCACAGGUUAAGAAGAUAAAGAUGAUGUUUCUUUUCCCAUUGUGAUGCCUUUCAGAUUUGUUUCUGAAAGCUUUUAAAUUCAGAUCCAUGUAAAUCUUAUCAGGUUGCACAAUUUUGGUAAAUUAUAGUUGUGAUAUAUAGAUUCAGGUUAAGAAUCUUUCUCCAUGUUUACUGGAAAAGCAGUACUUUUUACUACAUUUUUAAAGUUGGUCUUCCUCUAAAACUUUUAAAGUUUUGAUAUUUUUUUCAUUUUCACUCUGUAGAUAUUUACUUUGUGUCGAGGUGCAUACAUCAACAUCAUUAUGUAACCUAUUAUAGACAAUUUUUAAUUUGUUUCAUUUGCCAAAUCUAUUUUUGUGAUCCAAGGAUAAAUUGAAACUGCUGCAUGUUACAGAAUAAAUACCUCAGCCAAUGACAGAACUUAUUUUUUGAUAAUACCAACUUGAAAAGACUAAUCUUGUAUCAUUGGCUUUUUGCCAGUAACCCCUGUGAAAAUAAUAAGAAUAUGUAACUUAUGCCAGAAGGUGUUCAUUGCCCUCGUAUCUUGGGUUCCUCCUGUAGUUGUUAAAUGGGAGUAUCAAGUACCUAUUUAAGAAUUGACCCACAGAAAUGACAAAAUCUUAGUAUUACCUUCUUUGAUUAACACUUAGCUUGGUACCAGGUAAUGUUUAUACUUACAAAGAAAGUAUUUAAGUUAUCAUUUUAUUGUAAAGAAAAGCAGUGAUUCCCUUUUUUUUCUGUACUGAACACUACAGUCAGUAUUUUUUAAAUGGGCUGCCAGAUAAGGGGUUGGAGAAGAUAAUCCCUAAGAUCUGUUCCAGCUUUUAACAUUCUUUAAUUCUAGAUGUUAAUGAUUCAAGUAUAGAAAUCAUCCCUAAUAAAACUCUUAAUGAACUCCCAAGGGUCCAUGCUAUGAGAGUACUUCACUGUAUGGUCCUUUUCUUCAGUAAAUUGUCCUCUAUAUUCCAUGUAUUUUUAAGUAGUUCCUACUACUUCAUAGUUUGCUUAUUUUUUAAUGCAUUAGUACCCCCCCCCCAGAAUACUACUUUUUCAUUCUUUGCUACUUUGACCCGCUUGUAUUCAUCAGCUGGAGUUGAUUUAUCAUUUCAUAUAUUUCUCUUGUCAUCUAUCUUCACUUCUUUCCGAAAAAGAAGCACCCCAUUCAGGAAAAAGAGGUUUACUGCUGUCUUUUGUUAGAUAAACAAAGCAUUGGAAAAAUGUUUGUUUUAUCUAUGUUUUGUUUUUGAUGCAGUUACCAGCAGUAUGGCAGAAAGCAAAGACUUCUUAUACAGAGUUGUAUGCUAAAAGGAACAGUGUUUUUAUAAAGUUGUGAUAUUUAGAUAGCGUGAAGACAAACUAGUGAGUUCUGUGAACCCAACCCUUACACAAGGAAAUGGGUGACAGUUACUAUGCUAAUAAAUGCCUGUAAAACAACUCAGGUCUUAUUUUUCAUACAUUCCCUUGACUAUGACUCUACGAGGAAGGGUAAGAAAUGUACUUGCAAAAUUAGUGACUAUCCAAAUCAACUACUGUUCCAAAAUAGAGCUUGGUUUAAAUUAGGAAAAUUAGAUUGAUACAGUGACAUUGACAAGUUCAGCUUCAAUUAUCUUUAAAAUAUUUUUAUACUUUUUUUUUUAUGUGUACCAACUUUGGCAGCUUAAGUUGUACAGUCACCAUUUUAAUACUUUUUUUAAGCUGUAUCUUUGGCUUGUAAGUUUUCUGUAUCAUGCAAAUCUUCUAAUCAUACCUUGCCAUGUCAACAGCCAGAAAGUCCAAAUUCAUAUUUUAAAUGUUUCAUUUCUGCUUCUGUCAUCAUAUAAUAUACAGUGCCUUGACUAUUAAAUGGGGUACUUAAUCAUUUGGUGGACUCAUAGAUAGAAAUAAAGAUCUUAUUUCUGUGUUUUUACAA